AUGGACUUGAAAUAUAUUGGAUCUGGUGAAGCUGCUAAAGCACUUGUCUACUACAUCACUGACUACAUCACAAAAAGCCAAUUACCCACUCACAUUGGCCUAUCUGCUGUUAUGUAUGCCAUUCGGCAAAACACGUCCAAAUUUGAGUCUUCAGAUGCUCCUACAAGUACGGUUAACCAUAGCCUGUUCACAAAGACUGUUAAUGCAAUGAUGGCUCGUCAAGAAAUAUCUCACCAGCAAGUCAUGAGCUACCUUAUUGGGGGUGGUGAUUUCUACUGUAGCCACUCUUUCAAGAUGCUGAAGUGGUGUAUCUUUGACGGAUAUAUAUCUCAUACUUUUCCUGCUGAUGUCAACUCGGAUAUUCUCUCAUCUGUCCAAGAUGAACCUCAGCUUCUAUUUACAGAGAACAAUACAGAACCCUUGCCUGCUCAAGAAGGUUUAUUUGGGGCUAGCAUUGAUGUUGACUCUGAUGAUAGCUUGGACAACAAUGCUGGCAAUGAUGACGAUGAAAGUGAUGGUGAACAUGAAGUAAUCAAUGAUCUAGAAAUGUUGUUUGGUCAGGGAAAUCCGUCCUUCUCUAAUACUGUAUUGGAUUACACUUUACGUCCCAACUGUGCACCAUUUAACUCCAUGUCACUCUGGGAAUGUUACGCACAAAGUGCUUAA